AUGGAUCGCACAGUGACCACACACUGCGACAAUGGUCUGACCAUUACCACUUACGACGCAUCCGUCAUUACUAAGGACUGUUCGCCUGCCCUGUUCAACUCUUGCAUGGCCACUGACGAAGAGAUCGCCACUCUACGUAAUAUCGUCGGUCCUGAUACUUCACUCUCUGAACCACCUCGUGGUAUAUACUCCUUCUCCCACUUUGCCGCUCUAGUCCAGCGCUCCCAGAACCUCGACAAGGACAACAUCUGUACCGCUGUCCUUCCUAUCUCGCUGGCGAAGGAAAUCAUCUCUGCCCAGACCUCCUACCUCAUCACUGGUAACAUAAACGCCACCACUCUAGAUGACAUCAAGCUCGCCUUCCUAUCCUCCAAACCCCUAUCCAACCUCGUCACUAAACUGCAAACUGGCAGAAAAUGGUUCGCACGUAUGGACGACUGCUCACCCAAAGAUUCGGAAAAACAAAACCUACCCAUCUCUUCCAUAGGCGAACUCAUCCUAUGUCUCUCCACCUCCAACCGCGCCAGAGGUGAUUUUGAUGCCCAUGUCCAAGAUGACAAACCUAUCCACCUUUUCCUACAUCCCUGGGAUAUCAUGAUGAACCAAGGCGUCGAAUUCCGCUGUUUUGUACCUCCUUGGAAAUCACAAAAUGCAAGAAUCACGGCUAUUUCUCAAUAUCAUUGGUACUUGCCUUUCCCCAGCGACCGCUUUACCCCCCGUGUCGUUAUCGAUCUCGCGGUCAGCUUUGCCACUGCCUCGUUGCAAGAUAUCCUCGCCACGGCUUUGGAAAAGGGUAUCUAUAAGGAUCUCAAAACUUGGGGUUUCAGCUUCGACAUCGUGGUUAAGGGAUGGGCUUAA